AUGCACGUGAGCGAGCACGCCAACUACGACCUCUUCUCCGCAUCCGGCCCCAGCGCGUUCAGCACGGGCAGGUACCGCACCAACGCCUCCUCAUCGUCGUCCCUUGGCCAAAACUACCCCCUCCCGAACGACUCGGUCUACUCGCACGGGUCCUUCAGCGACUCGAUGUCGUCCUUCCAUCCGUCCGGCUCCAGCUACGACGGUGCACACAGCCUUUCGUCGUCGUACAGCAGCGGCAAGGUUUCGCCCCUGACGCCCAACGACCCCGUUCCGGGCAUGCACUCCUCGGGCUUCCCCGGCACUCCGAUGGGCAUCAACCACCCCAUGAAGGACUACCCCUCCCAACCCAACUUCCCUGAUCUCGGACUCGACCGCCGCAUGUCCGGUCACGUCGGCCAGAACGGCUUCGGGCAGUCGGAUUACCACGAUGACUUUUCGAUGGGCGUCAACCCGUCGAUGGGCAUGGGCUUCAACGGGGGCGUUCAGCACUCGGGAUCGUUCCAUCCCGAUUCGCGUAUGUCGCACCAGCAAAUGAUGGGCCCGAUGGGUCAUCAUGGCUCCGACCUCAUCCCGGGCGUUUCCCCCCAAGCCUUCCGCCCCGGUGGUAUGCAGGGAUACGGACAACACUUCAUGUCCGACCCGCAGGCGGAUCUCGGCCUGAUGCCAAACGUCGACGACAUCACCCGAAGCAUGAGGAUGCAAGCGAUGGGUUCAGCCAGUGAUCUCGAGACGUUUAUGCGUCCGUUCUUGGAUCAAUACGUACGGACGCCGAACCGCCUAGCGUUUGGCGAGCGCACCAUCAUCGUGAUGUCCUCCAAGGUCGCACAAAAAUCUUACGGGACUGAGAAACGUUUCCUCUGUCCGCCGCCGACGGCGAUUAUGAUCGGUAACUCGUGGUGGUCGGACACGCUGCGCCGUGGCGAGGAGCCCAAGCUGUGCCCGCCCCGCGUCGUCGUCUCCAUCUCGGGCGAGCCCGCGCCGUCCGAGGGCACGAUCGAGUGGACGGGCACCUCCGGCAAGUCGUUUGACAUCAACGACCCGCCGACCGGUACGACCUACAUUGGCCGCUGCGUUGGCAAGCAACUGUUCAUAUCCGACGUCGACGAGAAGAAGAAGAAGGUCGAGGCACUCGUCAAGGUCAUUGCGCCCGCGUCCGACGAUGAGCCCGAGCGCGUGAUCGGCACCUUCCCCUCGCGCCCGAUCAAGGUCAUCUCCAAGCCCAGCAAGAAGCGACAAAGUGCCAAGAACCUCGAACUCUGCAUCAACCAUGGCUCAACCAUCUCCUUGUUCCAUCGCCUGCGCUCGCAGACGGUGUCGACCAAGUACCUUUGCGUCUCGGGCUCCGGCUCGUCGUUCAAGGGAUCCGAUGGUGCACCGCUCAUGGGCCUCGACCAGCGCACCCGCGCGCAGACGCCGUCGUUCAUCGCCCGCACCUCAAGCUGGGACCCCUUCGUCAUGUACAUCGUCGACGUCAACAAGCCCGCACCGAGCAUGGACACCCCUCCGCCGCCUCCGCCGCAGCCCGAGUACCCCUCGCCACCGCCCAACGCUAUUCCCUUCACCAACAAUGGGUCGCAGAUCCCCAUCUACUACAACCAGACGGUCGUUCUGCAGUGCCUGACAUCAGGCGUCGUCAGCCCCGUCCUCAUCAUCCGCAAGGUUGACCACGGCACCACCGUCGUCGGCGGAGGCCUCCAGGAGGGAGCGAAGAACGUCGCCGAGUCGUACUGUGUGCCGGGCGAGGUCUGCGGAGACCCCGUGUCGCAGCUGCACAAGGUCGCCUUCGAGGUCUACGAUGCGACCAAGGGGAUGCCUGAGCAAGGUCAUCCAGGCGUAUCUGGGCCGUUCCUGUCCUGCAUGGGCGAAAAGGUCAACACUUAUCGCCCUGUCGAGGGUCGUCAGUGGGCGGCCUCCGUGCGCGGUUCCGACUCCCCGGCGCAAUCGCCGAUCGUGCAGACCGCAUCACCUCUUGGCACGCCCGCCUCCUCCGCCGCAUCCGCAAUGGACUACUUCCCCGGCAUGACGGCCAGCGACGGUAUGCCAGCCUCGCCGACGAUGGAGUUCCCGUCCAACGACGGCGGACGCGUCAAGAAGAAGCGCGGGAGCUCGAGCGCGGGCGGCAUCUCCAAGACGGCGAGCGCCAAGGGCCGCCGGCGGCCGACGUCGGCAGGCUCCGGAGCAUCGUCCGGCCGCGGCGGCGACGCCCUCGCGUCCUCGGGUGCGCUCUGGCAGGUCGACAUCGGCGAGAGCAGCGUGUGGACGAUCGUCGGCACGGACCAGGUCCGGUACAACUUCUACGUGCCGCCGGUACUGUUCGACAACCAGAACGCGCCCCAGACGGGCUCGUUCCCGAUCCCGAGCAAGCCCGUGACGCCGUUCCCGGGCGUGGUCAAGUACCUCCCGCCUGACCGCGCGGCGGAGGUGCCCAAGUGCCCGACCUCGCGCGGUGGCGCGAUGGUCAAGCCCAACCCCCAUGCGAGCAAGAUGCUCACCGUCUACGGCGAAAACUUUUCGAAGACGGAGCCGCUGAGCGUGUUCUUUGGAUCGGAGCCGUCGCCGUACGUCGAGAUAAGGUGCAUGGAGGUUCUGGGCUGCCUCCCCCCGGAGUCGCAGAUCACCCAGCGCAGGCCGAUCAUCCUCGUGCGGCACGACGGUGUCGUGUUCCCGUCGUCGACGAUGUAUCCUUAGGACUUGCCCUCCUUUUCCCGUGCGGGUACUCCCUCGGAUUCUUUUUCUCCGGUGUGUGCGUUGUCGUCGUCGUCGUCGUCGUCUGGGUAUGUGUAUUGGGUAUUCCACGGACAAUCAGGCGGAUGCCGUGGACUCGAUUGGUUCGGGGCUCGCAAUCCUGCUUUUUCUAUCUCCAUCUCAUCACCGCUGCUAUUAUCUAUGGUGCUUUGGCCGUGGUCGCGCAAUCAACUGUACUCUUAGACUCUGUAGCUGCUGGAAUCUAAUAACU